ACAGAAUAAAUUAAAUAAAUAAUGACUAAUAAUGAGAAGUUAUAGUUGAUUUUAUUGAAAUCCCCAUUUCUAACUUGUGAUAAUAUAUUUUAAAAAAAAUCAGAGUUUACUUUGAGUAUGGGAAAGUUUUGUUCAUUAAUUUAUACCGUAAGUGUAUUGCAUACAGAAACGCUUUACAAUCAAGACCCCCUUUUCUUGAAGAAGUGAAAGUCUGCAUAUUCAGUAGCACGACUUUUCUUCAAGUUUAAAAAAAUGACCGGGGUGAAACGUGUCACAUUAUUGCUGACCAGUAAAAUAUUGCUAAUAUUGUGCUUUUUGAAAACCUCAUCACUGCAACAAGCUCCUAUAACAGUACCAUGGUAUGAAAAUCUGCCAGCUGUUGCAAUGGACUAUAAAGUACAUAUAGAUCCUGGUAAAGAAGACUGCUAUUUUCAAUAUGUUAACCCAGGGGCAACCUUCUAUGUGAGCUUUCAAGUUGUUAGGGGUGGUGAUGGAAUGGCAGGGUUUGCAGUAAGACAUCCUUCUGGUCAAAUAGUCCAUCCUUACCAGUGGAAGCCCAAUAGUGAAUAUCAGGAUCAAAACUCUAUGGGCGGGUACUAUUCGGCUUGUAUAGAUAACCAGUUUUCUAGAUAUGCAGCAAAAUUGGUGAAUAUUUACAUUACCGUCGUUCGAUAUGAUAUGUGGGACACAUUUACCAAGGAAAUUGAAGAGGUAAACAUGAAUAUGGAGAAUUUCACCACUUCGAUUGUGGGAGUUGAAAGGAAUAUCAACGAAAUGCUUCAGUACCAGCACCAUUCGAGAGGAAGAGAAGCUUGGGACUAUAAUUUGUUGCAAGAUAAUAACUCAUAUGUUGUACGUUGGUCACUUAUUCAGAUUAUUAUUAUAAUUGCCACAACAGCUGUUCAGGUUUAUUUUGUUCGUAAAUUGUUUGAUAUUAAAAGCGGGAGAGGAUCAGGAAAGUCACGAAUAUAAAUUUCGUAUAAUUGUA